AUGGUUCUUUUGAAAAGUCUCAUAUUCGCUGGCCUUGCCACAGUAGCAACAGCCUCCUCUGCCGUCAUCGAUUUAAUACCAUCAAAUUUCGAUCAAUUUGCCUUCGAGGGCAAACCAGCAUUGGUUGAAUUCUUUGCACCAUGGUGCGGACAUUGCAAAACCCUUGCACCAGUUUACGAGCAGCUUGCCCAAGACUUUGCAUUUGCAAAGGAUAAGAUCACAAUUGCGAAAGUCGAUGCUGAUGCCGAGAAGAGCUUGGGAAAGAAAUUCGGUGUCCAAGGUUUCCCAACUAUCAAAUAUUUCGAUGGAAAAAGCAAGACCCCAGAGGAUUACAAUGGAGGUAGAGAUAUCGAAAGCUUGACGGAAUUUAUCACCAAGAAGACUGGCACCAAGGCUAAGAAGGCGAAGGCUGCCCCAAGUGCUGUUGAGAUGUUGACCGAUAAGUCAUUCAAGGAACAGGUUGGUAGUGAUAAGGAUGUUAUUGUUGCUUUCACUGCACCAUGGUGUGGCCACUGCAAGACUUUGGCACCAAUCUGGGAGAAGGUUGCUCAAGAUUUCGCCAAUGAACCCAAUGUCGUCAUUGCUAAGGUCGAUGCCGAAGCAGAAAAUUCCAAGGCCACAGCCAAGGACCAAGGUGUUAGCUCUUACCCAACCAUCAAAUUCUUUCCUAAGGGAAGCACCGAAGCCGAAACAUACUCCGGUGGACGUUCCGAGAAGGAUCUCGUCGAAUUCAUGAACAGCAAGGCCGGCACACACCGUGCUGUUGGUGGUGGACUGGAUGCUACUGCCGGUACCAUUGAGGCUUUGGAUACCCUUGUCAACAAAUUCACCGGUGGUUCAAGCAUCGCUGAAGUUGCCGCUGAGGCUAUCAAGGCUGCUCAAGAAUACAAGGAGGGUGCUCAAUACAAGUACGCUGAGUACUAUGUCAAGGUCUUUGACAAGUUAAGCAAGAGUGACAUCUAUGCUGCCAAGGAGCUUGCCAGAUUGGAUGGUAUCAUCAAGAAGGGAGGUUUGGCACCAGAGAAGUUGGAUGAGUUUACUACCAAGACCAACAUCUUGAGAAGAUUCAUCGAGAAGGCAACCGGAAAGUCUGAAUUGUAA